AUGGCCUACCUAUUAGUGUUUUCAAUAUGUUUGGCCCUUCUCCUGGCGUCGAUUUCUCUGUAUCGUUACGGGUGCAUCCAGCGGCAGCAUCCGGUUGUGACCUUCUCGGUUCUGACGGCCUGGAGUUUUUCCUUUCUGAUUGUGUUCACCAUUCCUUUGGAUGUGACUUCGACUGUUUACCGUAACUGCAUCCUGGAGCAUAACGAGACGUCGAAAACAGCACCGACCGGCAGCAACAGCUCCUGCCAGCGUCCCUGGGGAAUGGUAGAGGAAGCGGUCUUUCCGAAUCUCUGGCGAAUAAUCUACUGGUCUUCGCAGUUUCUCACCUGGUUGAUAAUGCCGUUGAUGCAGUCCUACCUGAAGGCGGGCGAUUUCACCAUCAAGGGCAAGCUCAAGUCUGCCCUGGUGGAUAAUGCCAUUUACUAUGGGUCAUAUCUGUUCAUCUGCGGAAUCUUGCUGAUUUAUCUGGCGCUGCAGCCAGGAAUCUCGUUGGAUUGGCAAAAGCUGAAAGCCAUCGCAUCGUCCGCUUCCAAUACAUGGGGUUUGUUCCUUCUGGUGCUCCUGCUAGGCUAUGCUCUGGUCGAGGUCCCUCGAGGCCUGUGGAAUAAUUCGAAACCAGGAUUUACUUUGCAAUACGCGUACUUCAAGUUAUCGAAGUUGAGUUCCGAGAAAGCGGAAGCCGAAGAACACGUGGAUGAUGUUCUGGAAAGUUUACAAUCGGCUAGCCGAGCGGUACCAUCGAGACAUGAACUCCGACCGGCACUGGAAACCAUCAUUCGCAAAGUGCCGACCGAAUUGAUGGAACGUGCUCGACGUAUCAGCCGAGACGACGGAUCGCCUGUGGCUGUUCCAUCGGAAAAGGCUUUAGUACGGCUGCAUCGUCAGGUAAUCAAAUCUCUACAAACACUCCAGCGAACGGAAGCCUUAUGGAAUGUGCAGGUGAAUAAAGUGCUUCAUCUAGAAGAUGUGGCCAAGAAUGCUGUUUCGUUGGAUCAUCGCUUCAAAACAGAGUUCCCUAAACAUCGAGCCGGAUUCGCGCGAGCUGUGUAUAGUCCUACGUUGGAGUGGUACUGGGAAUGCGUCGUGAAGGCUCCUUUCCUAAAAGCGCUUGCGGUGAUUACGGCUUUCCUGUCCUUUGUCGUAGUGUGGAGCGAAUUAACGUUUUUCAACCGUGAGCCCGUCCUUUCAAUAUUUGCUAAUAUCUUGGAGAUUGCAAAACGGAAUUACGAUUUCGUUACCAUUGAGAUUUUCUCCAUGAUGACCUUGUGCUAUCUCUGCUAUUGCGCCUAUUCAACGGUUUUCCGGAUCAAGUUUUUGAAUCUGUACUACUUAGCAGCACAUCACCAAACAAACGAAUACAGUUUGAUUUUCAGCGGAAUGCUACUUUGUCGACUGACGCCUCCGAUGUGUUUGAACUUCCUCGGUAUGAUCCACAUGGAUUCGCAUAUUAUCAAGCAACGGAUCUUGGAAACGCACUACACCCAGAUAAUGGGCCACAUGGACGUGCUGGGAAUCAUAUCCGAUGGAUUCAAUAUCUACUUUCCGAUGGUGAUGUUGGCCUUCUGUCUGGCCACGUGGUUUUCGCUAGGAAGCCGAGCACUGAAUGCCCUUGGGUUCCAACAGUUCAUGCUGAACGAGACCAUUGCUACCGAAUUGGUACAGGAGGGUAAGGAUCUGAUUGUUCGCGAGAAGCGAAAACGCCAAAGGGCAGAGGAUGCGAUAGCACGUCGUCGGGAUAACAUUUUGAGCAAUCUCGGAAGGGAUUCCGCCGGGGGCAGCAGCGGAAACGCAAAUGGCAGUGGAAACGGAGGCAGCAUUCUGUCGAAGUAUAAAUCAAGAAACCUGGACUCGGUUACCAGCCCUGUUGGACCGAACGACGAUCUGGUGCGACAUGGAGACCACCUGGAUUACAGUACUAAUGGGAAUAGGGGAGGAGACUUCCCGCGUUCCCUGUCGGACGAGAUCAAUGAGCGCUUCGGGGUGAGUACGAACGUUACGGUUGGCUUCAAGGGCUACAAUGACUUCGGAGAAGACGACGAUGGUCGGGGAGGUGGCAGAGGGGGUAACAGCAGCGGAGGAGCUCCCCGUGGAUUCUUCGAUGAUGUCUAGGCAAGGAAAGUAUUACAGAAGUGAGUGCAUUUUACGUAGAUUUACGUUUGCAGUGAUACUAUGUUUAAUUCGUUAGUAGUUAUAACGUUUCGUUCUUGAUGUAUAAAUAAUAUAUGAAUAUUAAACUGCGAAAAGUUUAAUUUCCUGGCAAAGUUUAGGAAAACCCCUAAUAAUGGAUGCUGGAAUUAUGAUCAGAUUAAAGAAACCCUAGCGGUGAUAAUAUUGAAGGAGUGGAUUGUGAAUAUAUAUACAAACACUAGAUAUUAUGAACUAGAAAAACUGAAACAGGCAAGCACAUUGUGAAGGCUUUCAUUCUCAUAGACUCACCCUUGUAACUAUUGUAGGAAUUAAAACAGUCGCCACUAAAAUAUAGAUAAUACUAAAGAAACUACUGAAGAUACUACUGCAAAAUAAUAAUUGGCAUAAUAUUUGAAUCAACAGUCCUGCAUGUACUACUCCAAAAUUAAGCACACGAACACCGCAUAACCUUUUUACACAUUAUAAGACCGCUGUGAAACUAGCAAAAAAACCUUUGGACCUUCUUAGGUUGGUAGCUGAACGUGUAGUCCUUAUUAUUUCAAAUAUGGAAGUACUUUACCUUACUAGUGAAUGGCAAAUGCAAUAAAGUGCUAAUACAAACAAAA